CAUUUGGAGAUGACAACUAAAAGGAAAAUUAUUGGCCGCCUGGUGCCAUGCCGAUGUUUUCGAGGGGAAGAAGAAAUCAUCUCAGUGCUUGAUUACUCCCACUGCAGCCUUCAGCAAGUGCCAAAGGAGGUUUUUAACUUUGAACGGACAUUAGAGGAGCUUUAUCUGGAUGCCAAUCAAAUUGAAGAACUUCCUAAGCAAUUAUUCAACUGUCAAGCUCUACGUAAACUGAGUAUCCCAGAUAAUGACCUUUCAAGCUUGCCAACCAGCAUUGCCAGUUUAGUUAAUCUCAAAGAACUUGACAUCAGUAAAAAUGGGAUUCAAGAUUUUCCAGAAAAUAUAAAGUGCUGUAAGUGUUUAACAAUAAUUGAAGCAAGUGUCAAUCCUAUUUCUAAGCUCCCAGAUGGUUUCACACAGCUUUUAAAUUUGACCCAGCUAUAUCUAAAUGAUGCCUUUCUGGAAUUUCUUCCAGCUAACUUUGGAAGACUUGUUAAAUUACGAAUAUUGGAAUUACGAGAGAAUCACUUGAAAACGCUGCCAAAAUCAAUGCUCAAACUGACCCAGCUGGAGAGGCUUGACCUGGGUAAUAAUGAAUUUUCUGAGCUGCCUGAAGUUCUGGAACAAAUACAAAACCUAAAAGAAUUAUGGAUGGACAACAAUUCACUUCAAACAUUACCUGGGUCUAUAGGACGAUUAAAACAACUGAUAUACUUGGAUAUGUCAAAAAAUAGGAUAGAAAGUAUAGAUCUGGACAUAUCAGGAUGUGAAGCCCUUGAAGAUCUACUAUUGUCAUCAAAUAUGCUACAACAACUGCCAGAUUCUAUAGGGCUCUUGAAAAGACUUACUACUUUGAAAGUAGAUGACAAUCAACUUACACUUCUGCCCAAUGCUAUUGGAAGUAAUUUAUCUUUAUUAGAAGAAUUUGACUGCAGCUGUAAUGAACUGGAGUCUCUACCUCCCACCACUGGCUAUCUACACAAUCUCCGAACUUUAGCUGUAGAUGAAAACUUCCUGAGUGAACUUCCCAGAGAAAUUGGCAGCUGCAAAAAUGUAACCGUCAUGUCCCUCCGUUCAAACAAACUGGAAUUUCUUCCCGAUGAAAUUGGUCAAAUGCAGAAACUCCGUGUCUUAAAUUUGAGUGACAACAGGUUAAAAAAUUUACCCAUCACUUUUACAAAGCUUAAAGAACUUGCAGCAUUGUGGCUUUCAGACAACCAGUCUAAGGCUCUGAUUCCUCUUCAAACUGAGGCACAUCCAGAAACAAAGCAAAGAGUGUUAACUAACUACAUGUUUCCUCAGCAACCUCGGAGUGAUGAAGAUUUCCAGUCUGAUAGUGAUAGUUUUAAUCCUACUCUGUGGGAGGAACAGCGGCAGCAACGUAUGACAGUGGCCUUUGAGUUUGAGGAAAAAAAGGAAGAAGAGGAAAAUGCAGGAAAAGUUAAGGAAUAUUGCACUUUGGAAGGUUUUUAUCCCCAGCGGCAUGCUACUUCUGAGGUUGAAAUAAAUUUAAAGCGUUAUCCAACUCCAUAUCCAGAAGAUUUAAAGAACAUGGUGAAAUCUGUUCAAAAUCUGGUGGGCAAAUCUACCCAUGGAGUGAGGCCUGAGAAUUCAGCACCAUCUGCCAGUGCAGAACAAGUUGUGAAAGACAAAUUUGAGCAUAAGUGGCCCAUGGCAACAAAAGAGCUGUCAGUGGAGGAUUCUUUUGUACACCCAGUGAAUGACAUGAGGAUAGGAGAACUUCGCCCCUCAAUGACUGAUGCACCAUUAUAUCAACCAAAGCUUGUUCUCUUAGGAAAAGAAAAAAAAGAAUCAACGGAUGAAUCUGAAGCCGAUAAAAUUCACUGCAGGAAUAACAGUGUUUCUUCAGGAACCUAUUCAGACUACUCUCCAUCACAAGCAUCUUCUGGGUCUUCUAAUGCUCAUGUUAAAAUAGGAUCUUUGCAGACUACAGCUAAAGAUGCAGUGAAUAAUUCAUUGUGGGGUAACAGGCUUGUCCAAUCUUUCCCACAACCCCUUGAGACCAAGCCAUUACUCAGUCAGCGGGAAUCUGCUCCAGCAGGAAAUUUACAGCAACACAAUGAUAGGCGUCCAAUGAGUGAUACCUUUGCUGACAGUUGGAAUGACAGCUCUCACUAUGAUAACACGGGAUUUGUGGCCGAGGAGAACACGGUGGAGAAUCCUAGCACUAAUCCUCUCUUAAGUUCCAAAUCAAGAAGCACAUCUGCUCAUGGACGCAGGCCUUUAAUCAGGCAAGACAGGAUAGUUGGUAUUCCCCUAGAACUUGAGCAACCCACUAUCCGAAAUACCCCUGACUCAGAAGUGCCUCCAUCAAACCCUUGGCAGAACUGGACAAGAACACCCAGCCCCUUUGAAGAUAGGACAGCUUUCCCUUCUAAGCUGGAGAUCACCCCUAGUAGUAGCCCUUUACCUGAAAGGAAAGACCUUGUUAAAGACUCUCCUGAAAUCUCUAGUACUUUUUCUCCAGGUACACAAUGGGAAUAUCAUGAUUCCAACACUAACAGAAGUCUCAGCAAUGUCUUUUCACACAUUCACUGUCGCCCAGAGCUUUCUAAAAAUAUUAUUUCCAUCAGCAAAAGUACAGAGAGACUUUCUCCAAUGAUGAGAGAUUUAAAAACAAGCCGGUUUAAGAAAUCACAAAGUAUAGAUGAGAUAGAUAUUGGUGCAUAUAAAGUUUAUAACAUACCACUAGAGAACUAUGCAGCUACUACUGAUAAUGCAGGGAUACAUGACAGACAAGAUAAGAUGUUGGGGGCAGAACAUGGAAUGUCUAGUAUGUCCCGUAGCCAGUCUGUGCCAAUGCUUGAUGAUGAAAUGAUGACUUACGGAAAUGUAAAGAUCCAACAACAGCAAAAGCCCUCUGUGACUAAAAAAGUAUACCAGUUUGACCAAAGUUUUAAUCCUCAAGGAUCAGUAGAAGUGAAAGCUGAAAAGAGACUACCGCCCCCUUUCCAACAUACUCCAGAAUACAUUCCCCAACAGACAAAAAAUGUCUCUAAGGAUUUGGUUAGUCCCAGAGCCUACCGAGGAUAUCCACCCAUGGAACACAUGUUUUCCUUCUCACAGCCUUCUGUUAACGAAGAGACUGUCAAUACCCAGUUGACAAGUCAGGGAUCAAGGGCUGGAUUUUUAAGAAGAGCAGAUUCAUUGGCCAGCUCCACUGAAAUGUCCACAUAUAGAAGAGUCAGUGAGCCUCAUGAAAUGCCUCAAAGCGAUAGGUAUAACAGACAUCAGUAUAGAGGAGCUAUGGAACGCCAAAGCAACAUUUCAGUGUCUGAAUCCCAGUUUCUCAAAAGAAAUGGCAGGUAUGAAGAUGAACACCCUUCAUAUCAAGAAGUGAAAACCCAGUCUGGAAGCUUCCCUGUUAAAAACUUAACACAAAGGAGACCUUUGUCUGCAAGAAGCUACAGUACAGAGAGUUAUGGUACCUCCCAAACCAGGCCAGUUUCAGCUAGGCCGACAAUGGCAGCUCUGUUGGAAAAAAUACCGUCUGACUAUAAUUUGAGUAACUAUGGUGAGAAGCCAUCAGAUAACCCUGAUUUAAAGACAAGGCCUACUCCUGUGAAAGGCAAUGAGAGCUGCGGUAAAAUGCCUGCUGACUGGAGACAACAGCUACUUAGACAUAUAGAAGCUAGAAGGUUAGACAGGACUGCUGCUUAUAAACACAACACUGUUAACCUUGGCAUGCUGCGCUCUGGAGGUUUGUCAGCAAUGCAUGCGGGCAGAAGCAUGACAUUAAACUUGCAGACUAAAUCUAAAUUUGAAAAUCAAAUGCAUCAAGAGCUACCUCUACCGAAAACCCCAUCACAACAAAGCAGCAUUUUAGACAAUGGACAAGAAGAUAUUUCUGGCAACCAAUGGAAUCCAUAUCCACUUGGAAGGCGAGAUGUACCACCAGAAACUGUUGCUAAAAAGGCAGGUAGCCAUAUUCAGACUCUGAUGGGGUCACAAAGUCUACAGCAUCGUAGUCGAGAGCAGCCAUAUGAGGGCAACAUGAACAAAGUAACAAUCCAGCAGUAUCAGCCACCGUUGCCAAUACAGAUCCCAUCUCAGAGCUCUCGGGCACCACAAGCAGGGAGGUGUGUCAUUCAAACUAAAGGACAGAGGAGUAUGGAUGGUUAUCCAGAACAGUUUUGUGUAAGAAUAGAGAAGAAUCCAGGACUUGGAUUUAGUAUCAGUGGAGGAAUAAGUGGCCAAGGAAAUCCAUUCAAACCUUCUGAUAAGGGUAUCUUUGUUACUAGGGUUCAGCCUGAUGGACCUGCAUCAAACCUGCUUCAGCCUGGUGAUAAGAUUAUUCAGGCAAAUGGACACAGUUUUGUACAUAUGGAACAUGAAAAAGCUGUAUUACUGCUGAAGAGUUUCCAGAAUACAGUAGACCUAGUUAUUCAACGUGAGCUCACUGUCUAAAUAUUUUUUUAUAAAUAAUAAAAUAUGCCUAACAUUUUUUGCCAAUUGCUGGACCAAUGGCAAAUAUAGUGCCAAAUGUAUAAUAUUAUAUGUUAGUAAUGAUUACCCUGGGGAAAAAUAACUAUAUAAAUAUAACUUCCAACUGACUAUGUAUUAUUUUUCUUUGUAAGUCUCUGGCUAUGCAUUGGUACCAGCUUAUUUUUAAAAUAUUCUUUUUAAUUGUUUCUAGAUGUCUUUAUUUCAGGACACAGAAACACACACAAGUUCUUUACAAAUCUUAGUCUCCAUCAAAAUUACUGCCUCACAAUUGUUUAUGUUUUUAAAAAGAAAAUUAUAUAAAAUUAUAAUUCCCAUAAAAUAUUUCUAUCUCACAUAAGAUAUAAAUUAUUUAUAAAGAAUAUUUUAGUAG